GCUGGUCGCUCUUCAGGACAGAGCCAGGCGGGCGGCCCGGGGACCGUGGCACCCCCGCGUCCUCACCCUCGCACAUCCAAGUGACACGCUCCCCCCCCACGUGGCCCCCCGCCCCCGCUCGCUGACCCUCCGCGGCCCCCCACGUCCGAGGGAAGGAGCCGGGCCGCCGCUGCCCCCGGACCGCCUUUGUGCGCGCAGGGGUUCGCCCCCAUCCCCGUGUCCCGGGCCCAUGGAGCCGGCCUGGACGCCGCGGCCGCUGGCGCUGCUGGCCCUCGCCACGCUGCUGGCCGCCAGAGUGACUGCAGAUGUUCUGUUGGAAGACUGCUGCGCCGAUGGAAAUAGGCUGGCCACCCAGAAACGAGACUGCUCCAUACCCUACGCUUCCGAAUCCAAGGAAUGCAGAAUGGUGCAGGAGCAGUGCUGUCAGAACCAACUGGAGGAGCUGCACUGUGCCACGGGCAUCAAUGUGGCCCACGAGGGGGACAGCUGUGACACCCCCCAUAACACUUCCAGCUUCGAAGCCAAGUUCAUCAAGAAAUGCUGUCACUGCUGCCUGCUGGGGAAGGCCGCCCAAGCCCAGGGCCAGAGCUGCGAGUACAACCUCAUGAUUGGCUACCAGUGCGGCCUCGUGUACCGGGCGUGCUGCGUCAAGGGCCAGGAGACGUCGGAGCUCGCCCCUGGGGACGUCGCGGUGCCCCCGGACACCACUAAAACUCCCGAGGAGGAAAUUGUGGACCAGGAAGACCCCUAUCUGCAUGACCGAUGCCGAGGCGGGGGUCCCUGCACUCAGCAGUGCCGAGACACGGGAAGCACGGUCGUUUGCUCCUGCUUUGUGGGCUAUCAGCUGCUGCCUGACGGGGUCUCCUGUGAAGAUACCAACGAGUGCAUUACUGGCCUACACAACUGUCGCAUCGGGGAAAUAUGCAUCAAUACCGUGGGAUCGUUUCGCUGCCAAAGAGAGAGCAGCUGUGGGACGGGCUAUGAGCUCAUGGAGGACAACACGUGCAAAGACAUCGAUGAGUGUGAAAUUGGGAUUCACAACUGCCUCCCCAACUUCAUCUGUCAGAACACUCCAGGGUCUUUCCGCUGCCGCCCCAAGCUCCAGUGUAGGAGCGGAUUCAUUCAGGAUGCUCUGGGCAACUGCAUCGAUAUCAAUGAAUGUUUAAGCAUCAACGCUCCAUGUCCCAUCGGGCAGACGUGCAUCAACACCGAGGGCUCCUACACCUGCCAGAAAAACGUGCCCAACUGCGGCCGCGGCUACCACCUCAACGAGGAAGGCACCAGAUGUGUAGAUGUGGACGAGUGCUCCCCUCCGGCCGAGCCCUGUGGAGCGGGACAUCUGUGCAUAAACACUCCGGGCAGUUUCCGCUGCGACUGCAAGGCGGGUUACUAUUUCGAUGGGAUCAGCAGGACGUGUGUAGAUAUCAACGAAUGCCGACGCUACCCUGGGCGUCUCUGCGGCCACAAGUGUGAAAACACCCCGGGCUCCUACCACUGCAGCUGCACGGUGGGCUUCAAGCUUUCUUCUGACGGCAGGUCCUGCGAAGACUUGAACGAAUGCAGCAGCAACCCCUGCAGCCAAGAGUGCGCCAACGUGUACGGCUCAUACCAGUGCUACUGCCGCCGGGGCUACCAGCUCAGUGACGUGGAUGGGAUCACCUGUGAAGAUAUCGACGAGUGCGCGCUGCCCACGGGGGGACACAUAUGCUCCUACCGCUGUAUCAACGUGCAGGGGAGCUUCCAGUGCCAGUGCCCACCCACAGGCUACAAGCUGGCACCUAACGGGCGCAGCUGCCAAGACAUUGACGAAUGCGCCGCCGGCAGCCACAACUGCUCCAUCAACUCCACCUGCUUCAACAUCCAGGGCAGCUUCCGCUGUCUCUCCUUUGAGUGUCCCGAAAACUAUCGCAAAUCUGGCGACACUCGCUGCGAGCGCUUGCCUUGUAAUGAGAAUCAGGACUGCCUGAGGCUGCCCCUGAGAAUAACCCACUAUCACCUCUCUUUCCCCACCACCAUCCAAGUGCCGGCCGUGAUUUUCCGCAUGGGCCCCUCCAGCGCCGUCCCUGGGGACCGCGUCUUCUUCACCAUCAGCAGCGGCAACGAGGAGGGCUAUUUCAGCGCGCACCAAGCGGCGGCGCACAGCGGCGUGGUGACCGUGCGCAGGCCCAUCCCCGAGCCGCGGGACCUGCUCCUGACGGUGCACAUGGAGCUCACCCGCCACGGCGCCGUCAACACUUUCGUGGCCAAACUGCACGUCUUCGUGACGGCCGAGCGCUGACCGCCCCGCCCCCUCGUGCAUCACGUGUCUCCCCCGCCCCCCGCCAUUCGCCUCCCCCAUCGGAAUUAGGGUGCUUUGUAGAGUCCGAGCCGCACGGUCCCCGGGAGGGGGCGGGCCCAGAAGUCGGGUUUCCAUUUUACAAAUGAGCAAGUUGAGGCUCAGAGUUGCCCCCCAGCCCCUCCGCGGGGAGCGGAGCCGGAAGCGGAGUCGUGUCUUCGGGCUUUCUCCCCUCUUCUCCGUCCUUGCCUCCCUGGCUGGCCCGGGACCCCACCGGACCGCUGAGGUCAGCCCCGAGGGCUGGCCGCGGGGGCAGGGGGGGCUCCAGCUCCUGCCCGUCCUCAAGCAAAGCCUUCUAGGGGCACCGGGCCAAGCCGGCGGAAGGGCGAACCCCUCCCUGCCGGGGGGAGUCCUUGGAGCUCCAGCUCCUGCUCCGCUUAGCUGUGGGAUCCCGAACAAGUCUUUAAAAAAGAAACAACUUUUGAGCCUUAUUCUCCUCCUCUGUAAAAUGGGCAUCAUUCCAGCAUCUACCUCCCAGGCUUGUUUGAGGUUCCGAGGGGAUACCGUGCGUAACCUUUCGGGAGCUGCACGAGGGCAAAUGGUAAUUAAUGUCCCACAGUCACAGGAUGAAACUGGGUGCGAACUCCCGCUCCCCAGGGCUGCCUUGCGGCAAUCAAACCCCAGAGGUCCAGGGGGCAGAGACCGGGCUUCACGGGGCGAUCCCUAGCGUUUCUUGGUGAUUUUUGUCUGAGCUCAGAAUCUUGUUCUUUCUAAUAAAAUCACAGCAUUUUAAACCUGG